AUGAACUUCGAUCGCCCCCUUCGUGGUCACUGCCACUGCGGGCGUAACCGUUACAUCAUCCAAGCUCCCAAGAAUACCAGCGAAGUUGCUCGGGUCCUCUUCAACUCGUGCCCAUCUCACAGAGUCUCUCAAGCUUCUCCACUCGCCGCCCACAUCCGAGUCCCGCUUGAUUGGUACCGCAGCACGACAUUUGCCUUCUUCCCAGAUGAGACAAGCGCCAUGAUCCGCAAGGUAUACACUUCGCCGCGAGAGCAGCACACGAUGCGACACUUCUGCGGCUUCUGCGGCACCCCUCUGACCUACUGGUCCGAGGAGCCUCGCUCCGAGGCAGACUACAUCCAGUUGACCCUGGGCAGCCUGUGCAGCGAGGACCUCGGCGACCUCGAGGACCUCGGGCUGCUCCCCGAACCGGACUCGGCGCCGCAGACGCCGACUGACUCAGCUAUGGCGGCGCCCGAAGAGGGGCAGCUAGCCGUCCACAGCGGCCGCGAGACCGUUGGCAACGUCCCGUGGUUCGAAACGAUGGUCGAGGGAAGCAGGCUCGGCAACCUAAGAACCGCCAAGGGAAGCGGCCAGAGCCGGGACGGGACCGUCAGGGUCGAGUGGGAGAUUGUCGAGUACACCGGGGACGGUGGCAGCGACACACCACAAAGUGGGAAGAGGAAGCUGGACGAGCGAGACGACGACGGCGGCGAGCCCGGCGCGAUGGAGGGAGUGGAGGGGGUUCAGCACUGA